AAAAUUUUCGAAUUUUAUCAACAAAACAAAACAAAAAACAACAACUGCUUGAAAAAGUUAAAACAUUCAGAGACAUGUUGUUCUUAAAUUAAUUCGAGAUUAAAGCAAAGAGUCGUUUGAAUAAUUAUUCGAAACUUAAAACGGUACUUCUGGUUCUUUCAAAUUUCUUAACUUUUUUCCAUUAUUUGUGUCAUGUUUUUACUCCUUCCACACUAACAUCGAUUUUGACAAGGCGCGUAGUUCAGUUCAGAAAGGGUUGUGUUUUGUUGUUUUGAUCCCUCACCACAUUUCGUUUUGAGGUUAAGACGUGAUAUUUUGUGACAUUAUUUCAUUCAACAAGUAUUUGAAUUUGAAAUGAGGGGUGAUGGUAAGAACCGGGGCAGAGGAAGGGGGAGAGGUGGGCGUGGAGGACCUCACCGAGGGCACCGCUGGCGUGGUGGCUUUCGUGGGGAAAGACCUUCAGCAGCCGGCUUCAAUCAAAACAAGGGCAGCAAGGUAUCUCAGCAGGUGAUGACACCUCGUUUGUCUGAAGUUGAAGUAGGAAUAACAGAAUUCAUAAGCAAACACGAAGGAUUCACAGCUGUCAUGAAACAUCGGUUUUCUGACUUUCAUGUAAAUGAAAUUGACUGUGACGGAAAUUUGGUGAAGUUGACAUCGCUUGAUAUUCCAAUUGAAGAAAAUGUGACCGUUGAACGACAUGAACUUAUUCCUAUAGAAGUCUGGGAGAAAAUAUGUAAUAUGGUCCAAAACUAUUCAAAAUCUCUAUCAUCAAACAACACCAAGUGUAGUAAGCCAGCUUUAUCAGAAAAUGCAGAGACUAUGCAGAAAGGUCCAGGAAAUGAGUCUGAUAUAAUUUCUGGAAAGAACUGUAAUCCUCCUGAUGUACCUCAGGGUUCUGAGCAGCCUGGGAAAAGCCCAUCAACUUCUACCAAUGAAGAAUCACAGUCAGUUGAACUUGAUGUGACGGAUAUGGAUAAGGAUGGCCGACGUGCCAUACAUACAUGUGUCAAGUUAGCUUUUAAAGAGGUCAAUGGUAACACAAUAGAUAAAGACGGAAAAAAAAUUGUUACAUUUAGAGUAGGAAAGGGUACAAAAGACAAUAGAGGAAAGUGGCCAGCCUCUAGAAAAGGGGAGUAUUUGCAUUUUGUUGUUCACAAGAGAAAUACGGACACAUCUGAAACUGUAAAUUUGAUAUCAAAGAAGCUAUGGAUGAAACCUAGCAGUUUGACUUUUGCUGGCACUAAAGAUAGACGUGGAAUUACAAGCCAACUUAUGUGUAUAAGGAGGGGAGAACCAUCUCGCCUUUUCAAUUUAAGUAAAGGCCUUCAUAAUGUGUGCUUAGGCAACUUUACCUUUAAAGAAAACUCUCUCAAGCUGGGUGAUCUUAAGGGUAAUCAAUUUAGAAUUGCUCUCAGGUUUGUAAAUGGUUCUGAUGAUCAAAUUACUACUGGUCUAGAGUCAUUACGGAAUAAUGGCUUUGUAAACUAUUAUGGACUGCAGCGAUUUGGAACAAAUAUAGCUGUGCCAACUCAUUCUGUUGGAAAAUGUCUCUUCCUGGGUGAUUGGGAGAAGGCAGUUAAUUUAAUCCUUCAACCUCGCGAGAGUUUUCCUGCAUUAAAAGCAGCUUUAGAUGAGUGGAGGUCGAGUAAAGAUGCCAAAGCUGCUUUGGGUAAAUUGCCUCGUAUGACCCAUAGCCUGGAAGAGUGUUUACUCCAGGGUCUCAUUAAGUUUGGACGUACAGAUUUUGUAAAUGCCUUGACAAUGGUACCAAGGAAUAGUCGUCUCAUGUAUUUGCAUGCUUAUCAAAGUUUAAUUUGGAACAAAGCAGUGUCACAACGAAUCAAAGAAUUUGGUUUCCAGCCUGUUGUAGGGGAUUUAGUUUUGGUGAAAUCUGAAAAAGAAUCAAAUGCCGAAGAAGAAUGUGUGAUACUUGAUGAUAGUGCUUUCGCAUCAUCUGGCGAGGUUGAGAUUGCAGAAAGAUAUAAAAAACAAGAUGUUCGGUGCAUAACUGAAGAUGACAUUGGCAAUUUUAAAAUGGAAGAUGUUGUGCUCCCCCUGCCUGGCUGGGAUAUUGUAUACCCCAGUAACAGUAUUGGUGACUUCAUGAAAAAUUUACUGAAGGAAGAUGGCUUGUCAUCAGAAACGAAACAACAUAGUGUUAAACAAUACAAUGUUGGUGGUACUUAUCGUCAUAUAAUAGCAAAGGUGGACAAAUUAAAGUGGGAAAUUGUUCAUUAUAAUGACCCAGAAAAAGAUUUAAUCUUAUCAGAUUUUGAGGAACUAAAAGGAAAAGUCAUCAGUAAAGAUGAACCAAAAGAUGCAAAGUACAAGGCUAUCAUUAUGUCUAUGUGUUUGGAACCAUCUACAUAUGCUACUAUGGCUAUUAGAGAAAUCACCAAGACAGACACCUCAGCAUCCACCCAAGCAUCAAUUUCUGCUGCUUCAGUACCCAUGGAAGAUAGUAAACCUUCUGAAGUGGCUGUUGUGAAAGCCAGUGAUAACAAUGAUAAAGAGUCAACGGAUGAUACUACAAAGAAUACAGAGGAUGUAAAAGCACUUGGUACUGAUCAAUUGUCAGUUCAAAAUGAUAUGGAUGUGCAAAAUAGUAGUGUAAGUGGAGUAAAGCGAAAAAUUGAUGAAUUACCAGAUGAUAUCAUUGCCGAAAAGAAACUAAAGGAGACUUAAUUGUAGUCUGCAACAAAUGAUGUUAACUAUUUACUGGAAUAAACAUUGCUAUUCAGUUUUGUAA